AUGGCCCUCAAGCGCAUUAACAAGGAACUCACUGAUCUCGGCCGUGACCCGCCCUCUUCCUGCUCUGCUGGCCCUACCGGAGAUGACUUGUUCCACUGGCAAGCAACUAUCAUGGGUCCUGGUGACUCUCCGUACUCGGGUGGCGUUUUCUUCCUAAACAUUCACUUCCCCACCGACUACCCAUUCAAGCCCCCAAAGGUCAACUUCACAACUCGCAUCUACCACCCCAACAUCAACUCGAAUGGCAGCAUCUGCCUGGAUAUUCUCAGAGACCAAUGGAGUCCUGCUCUUACGAUCUCCAAGGUGCUGCUCUCGAUCUGCUCCAUGCUGACCGACCCCAACCCCGACGACCCGUUGGUGCCCGAGAUCGCUCACGUGUACAAGACCGACCGCCCUCGGUACGAGGCGACUGCGCGUGAAUGGACCCGCAAAUACGCUAUCUGA